AUGUAUGAUUCGGAUGACGCUUUUAAUCGGUCGCCUCCAAUGGAGGUGAUGAAACCCAACUAUGGAGAUAACGAAGAAUUACUACCACCAUUUGUUACCCGGAAUAACGAAAAAGAUGUCGAUCCAGCUGGUUCCCGUAAGCCCAACCAGCAGGAACCUCAGAGCUCAACCCACGAGGGCGACCGAGUACUGAUGGGGUUUCUAGCUCCGAACCAUCCUGAGAUUGCCGUUUCAGCAAGGACCUCUCCAUUGGAACCAUUACCCGGGAAUCUCAAAAACUAUAAACAGCCGCUUGACUUCGAUCCUAGGGAUUCAAAGAGGCCAAAUCUAUUCUCAAGGAUUGGGCCUCCUCCAAAGGAAUCCUUGGAAUUCAAGACAGCCCCAGGCUCGGCCUCAUUUAAAGAGAUUGAACCCUCCCAGACGAAACCGAAAUUAGUCCCAUUUAAGCCUCCAAAGCCAGAUAUUGAGGUUAAAAAUGAGGAGCAAAAAAAACGACUUCAUUCUUUCAGUGCCCCGAGCCCACGAUUAGAGUUGCCCCAGCUCAAAACCGCCGAAAUCAAGCCCGAAAUUUCCCUCCCAUCACUAAAAGUGAUCCAACCACUUUCUGGAUCAUCUUCCGCAAAAUCUGCAGACAGUAGUAAACAAACGCUGCCAUCUAUCCACAAAGCUAUCAGCGAAUUGGCAGAUUUCGGCCCACCAAUCAACACAAUGUCAUCACCUUUCCCUUUCUCCUCAUGUCCCGGAUCAACUACAUCAGGGAACGAUUCUCCAUUCGAUCGCGCUUUCCCAGGAAAGUUUUCCAUCCCUGCAAGUCCUUUUUCUCACUUUUCGCCCGUGAGCAUGAAGGACUCAUCUACCAAUCCUUCUCCAGCCUCGCACUCGUCUUUCUGGCGUGGACCAUCCCAACCUGAGAUGCUGUCCGUCCAGAGCCCGUAUGAGGCUUCCCCUAUGAAUGCCAAAAGCCCAGCGACCAAUUAUCCUACGCCCACGGAACAGGUUGGCGUUGGUAUGGGUGAUCGGCUUUCGCUCUCUGUAUCCACUCCCCAGGCCAAUGGGGGGCCCGUGGGUAGUUACAAGUGUACACAUCCUGGAUGCACUGCUGCCCCCUUCCAAACUCAGUAUCUCCUCAACUCUCACGCAAACGUGCACUCACAAGAUCGCCCACACUUCUGUCCAGAAGACGGUUGUCCACGGGCAAUAGGCGGGAAAGGAUUCAAACGCAAGAAUGAAAUGAUGCGUCAUGGCCUCGUACACAACUCCCCAGGCUACGUCUGUCCCUUCUGUCCAGACCAGCAACACAAAUAUCCGCGACCCGACAAUCUCCAACGCCAUGUCCGUGUACACCACGUCGACAAAAACAAAGACGACCCCAUCCUCCGACAAGUUCUCGCACAAAGACCACUUGGUAGCGCCCGCGGGAGAAAACGAAGGAUAACCAAUACAUGA